AUGGAAAUCGAGAGCAUGGUCGCCAACAGUGUCCUUGUUAGAGCCAGAGAAGGUGGAGGCAGCAAAGGCAGGAGCUGGAAGUGGAAAGAAAUGCUGCGGUUCCCUCACAUCAGUCAGUGCAAGGAGUUGGCCAACACCAUUGAGCGAGACUACUACAGCUUGUGUGUUCAGCAGCCGAUUGGGAAGAAGCUUUUUCAGCUCUUCUGUCGGAGUCGGCAUGAUCUGCAGAACUACAUCUCCUUUCAAGAUGCACUGGAAAGCUUCGAGACAAAGUCAGAUGCUGAAAGAAGAGUAGUGGGAACAAACAUCAUUCAAAGAUUCCUCUUGAGCCAGUCACUGCAGUCGCUUCCGGUCGUGCAGAGCCACGUACAGAGCUGCAUUCAGGCUCUGGAGAUGGACCCCAGCGCGGACGUUUUCUGCGCAUGUAAAAAAGAUCUACAUUCGUAUCUUUCUGGGCAACCGUUCAUGCAAUAUCAAAAGAGCAUGUUUUUUGACCGUUUUAUACAGUGGAAAAUGAUAGAAAGGCAGCCUGUCACAAAGCAGUGUUUCAGACAGUACAGACUUCUGGGAAAGGGGGGCUUUGGAGAGGUUUGGGCUUGUCAAGUGCGAUCCUCAGGAAUGAUGUAUGCCUGCAAAAAACUCAACAAGACUCAUGUGAAGAAACGCAGGGGAGAAGCUAUGGCACUAAAUGAGAAAGAAAUACUGGAAGCUGUGGACAGUCGGUUUGUGGUCAAUUUAGCAUAUACCUACGAAACCAAGAAUGCCCUCUGUAUGGUUCUGACGAUGAUGAGUGGAGGGGACCUGAGAUUUCACAUUUAUAACAUUGGAAGCCCAGGAUUAGAAAGAGAAAGGGUCUGCUUCUAUGCCGCAGAGGUCUGCUGUGGGCUAAACCAUCUGCACCAGAUGUCAAUCAUCUACCGAGACCUGAAACCAGAAAAUAUCCUCCUGGAUGACAAAGGUCACAUCAGGAUCUCUGACCUGGGCCUUGCUGUGCGUUUGUCAAACGGGAAACUCGCUCAUGGUCGUGUGGGAACAACUGGCUACAUGGCUCCUGAAGUGAUUAGACAUGAGCAUUACGGGGCCAGUGCCGACUGGUGGGGUCUUGGAUGUUUGAUUUAUGAAAUGACGGCUGGUCGCCCUCCCUUGAGGACGAGAGGAGAACACCCCAAAUCUGAUGAGAUGGAGAGAAGGAUUCGCUAUGAAAAGGAAGAAUACACCAAAGUGUUCAGUAACGAGGCCAAGGAUCUGUGCACCUCGCUGUUGAUCAAAGACCCAAAGAAGCGUCUGGGAUCUCAAGGAGCGAGUGAAGUUAAAGCCCACCCCUUUUUUAAAAACAUAAACUUCCGGAUGCUUGAUAUUGGCUUAGUGGAGCCACCUUUCAAGACGGAUCCCCGGCAGGUGUACUGCAGCGACGUGCAGGACAUUGAAGAGUUUUCAUCAGUGAAAGGAGUAGUUUUGGAUGAAACGGACGGAGAACUUUACUUCAAGUUCUGCACCGGUCGAGUUCCCAGAAUGUGGCAAAAUGAGAUGAUAGAGACGGGAUGUUUUAUGGAGCUGAAUACGUUUGGUCCAAUGGGCACUCGCUCCCCAGACCUGGAGUACUCCCCGGCCCCAGUGAGCCCGAAACGCAGUCUGCUACAUCGCAUCUUUCGCAAAAACCUGCGCUCCAAUUCACCAGACUAUAAUAAAAUGAUCGAAGACUCUGACGACAACUCAGGACCAGACUCUGAACUCUGA